UGAGAACCAGACAUCGGGCCGACCGAACACACCUGGGCAGAUGAACGGAUCAGAAGGAGAGCUGGAGUACGAAGAGAUCACUCUGGAGAGGGGGAACUCCGGUCUGGGUUUCAGCAUCGCAGGAGGAACCGAUAAUCCUCACAUCGGAGACGACCCGUCCAUCUUCAUCACCAAGAUCAUCCCUGGAGGAGCAGCCGCCCAGGACGGACGCCUCAGGGUGAACGACAGCAUCGUAUUCGUUAACGACGUGGACGUGCGUGAGGUCACUCACUCCAUCGCUGUGGAGGCGCUGAAGGAGGCGGGGCCUGUCGUCAGGCUCUACGUCCUGCGGCGACGCCCACUGAGCGAACGCAUCACACAAAUCAAACUGAUGAAAGGGCCUAAAGGUCUGGGCUUCAGUAUAGCAGGUGGUGUGGGGAACCAACACGUUCCAGGAGACAACAGUAUCUACGUCACUAAGAUCAUCGAGGGUGGAGCGGCACACCGCGAUGGACGGCUACAGAUCGGGGACAAAAUACUGGCCGUGAACCACGUGUCCCUGGAGGACAUCCUGCAUGAGGAUGCCGUGGUGGCCCUGAAGAACACGGGGGAGGUGGUCUACCUGAAGGUGGCCACGCCCACAUCGCAGUACAUCCACCCGGCGGACCGAUACAGCCCCCCCGACCUGACCAGCUCCUACAUGGAGCCGGACUACAUGUGUGAUUACCCACAAGUCCUCCCUCCUCCGUCACCACGGCGAUACUCACCCAUACCACACGGCAUGAUGGGAGAGGAUGAGUACUCACGGGAGCCCCGUCGGGUCUGCGUCCAGCGGGGGUCCACCGGUCUGGGGUUCAACAUCGUGGGUGGAGAGGACGGAGAGGGGAUCUUCAUCUCCUUCAUCCUGGCAGGAGGACCAGCAGACCUGAGUGGAGAGCUCCGGAAGGGGGACCAGAUCCUCAGUGUGAACGGUGUGGAUCUCAGGUAUGCUACUCAUGAACAGGCAGCAGCAGCUCUGAAGAACGCUGGACAGACUGUGACCAUCGUAGCCCAGUACAGACCUGAAGAGUACAGUCGCUUCGAAGCGAAGAUCCACGACCUGAGGGAGCAGAUGAUGAACAGCUCGUCUGGGAGCCUGAGAACCAACCGCAGCUUCUACCUCAGGGCGCUGUUCGACUACGACAAGCAGUGGGACUGCGGCGUCCUGUCACAAGCUCUGGACUUCAACUUCGGGGAGGUUCUCCACGUGAUGGACAGCGCCGACGAGGAGUGGUGGCAGGCCAGACGGGUGAACCAGCAGGGGGAGCUGGAGGAGCUGGGCUACAUCCCCUCCAAGCACAGAGUGGAGAGGAAAGAGUGGUCACGGAUGAAGAGAAAGGUGAGACGGCGAGGAAACACCGGCGAGGAAACACCAGAUAGGAACGCGUGGAACGUGUGCUCAGUCUGCUCAUGUUCUCUGUCUCUGUUCACAGGUAGAGAAGGAUUCGUUCACAGCUACGAGCUCAUCACUCAGAUAGAAGUGGACUACGCCCGUCCGGUCAUCAUCCUGGGGCCGACCAAAGACCGGGUCAACGACGACCUGCUGUCCGAGUUCCCGGACAAGUUUGGCUCCUGCGUCCCUCACACGACUCGCCCUCAGAGGGACUACGAGGUCGACGGGCGGGACUACCACUUUGUGUCGUCACGGGAACAGAUGGAGCGGGACAUCCAGUCCCACCGCUUCAUCGAGGCGGGGCAGUACAACAACCACCUGUACGGGACGUCGGUGCAGAGCGUCCGACAGGUGGCCGAGCAGGGGAAACACUGCAUCCUGGACGUGUCGGCCAACGCCGUGAGGAGGCUGCAGGCGGCUCAGCUCCAACCCGUCGCCAUCUUCAUCCGCCCGCGCUCCCUGGAGAACAUCCUGGAUCUGAACAAGCGUCUGUCGGAGGAUCAGGCGAGGAAAGCUCUGGAUCGAGCGAUCAAACUGGAACAAGACUUCCUGGAGUGUUUCACAGCCAUCGUGCACGGCGACAGCUUCGAGGAGGUCUACCACCAGGUCAAAGGGGUCAUCGAGGAGCAGAGCGGCCCGUACAUCUGGGUUCCUGCUCGAGACAGACUCUGAUUGGCUGCAGCCAGCGAUAGACCCGUCUCCAUGGAAACGCUUUUCCC